UGUACACUGGCAAACUGACUUAUGUGUUUUGUUGUUGUUCUGUGGUGCAACUUGGUUUUAUAUAAUUUUUUGCCUCCAUUGUGCUCCAUCGGUACCCUGGAACUAUGUCCGUAGUCAGCUUUGUUUCUAGAUUCGCCAUAUCCGGACAAAACUUGGCCGGUUAUGGAUUCCAGCAAGUUCGUAACAAAUGGACCGACUGGCGCAUGAUAAAAGAUGCUAAGCGGCGGAAAUGUGUAGUGGAACAUGCCAAAGACCGGCUGCGAGUCAAUUCACUGAGGAAGAAUACAAUCCUACCGGUUGAACUACGCGAAGUGGCUAGUGCGGAGAUUCAUGCAUUUCCACGAGACACCUCGUUGGUGCGUGUAAGAGAACGAUGUGCCAUCACUUCCCGAUCCCGGGGCAUCGUCCAUCGUUUCCGAGUGAGCCGAAUCGUUUGGAGGCACCUGGCUGACUAUAAUAAACUGUCCGGCGUACAGAGGGCUAUGUGGUAAUAUGAAAUAUAGCACAUUUGGAGUUUGAA